AUGUAUUUUUACUGUAACUGAAACCACUUCAUGCUUCUUCUUCUUCUUUGCACACUUAUUUUUACAGGAACAAAUCACCUACAACCUUCCUUAGCAACCAUGAAGACCCCCGCCAUCCUCCCCCUGGUCUUCAGUGUCAUGAUACUGAGAGCCUUGUUGAGUGAAGCUCAAAACAACUCCUCCACUUUUCCGGCCUUGUCUUCCUUGACACCGAGAGAAACUCCAUCGACCAGCACUUUUUCUCCAGACCCAACAUCUCCCACCUCUCACCUCAACUCCAAGUUGAAGCUCAGGAUGACCCCUGUGUCGUCACGAUCACCUGACCUGACAUCAGGCGGCCCCAGCGUCGACACACCCGUGGCCAUGUUUGACAGGAAGGAGUGUUUCCCCGUCUUGAUGCUAACCACCGGCCUGUUCCUCCUGUCUGCCGUUCUGCUGCUGUCCACUUUAACGCUGGCCUUCAAAGUGUGCCAGAUGAGCAGGCGCAUCAAAAUGCUGGGCAGCAAGUCGGAACACUGGAUGGAAUUGGCCGGCCGGGACAAAAGUAACUCGGAGACGGACCACAAAGAGACCAGCAUGUUGUUGGCCGACAUGAGCAGACCACUGGAGGAAGUGGACGACCAUAGCCCCAAAGAGGAGAAGGGAGAAGAGGAGCAGAAGGAUGCAGAAGAGACUGAAGAAACAGCUGAUGUCACCCAAGUUGAUGGGUCAGCAUUUCCAAAGCAGCAAAUAGAGGACGCCGCCUCUUCUGAGGAACCAAAAGAUGCACUUUAAACAUUUCUCCUUUUAAUUUAAGGCGGAUUUGGCUCUAUAGUAAAAGUACGUACAGCAACGUUGCACAUCUGUUGUAGAAACCACUCGUUAGUGACGGCACAGCUAAUAAAGAUAAGUUACGACA